AUGAAUGAAAACCAUGUUGAAGGAAAAAAUGCACCAAAAUGGUACCCAUUUAUAAAAAGAAAUCCGACAUAUGGUAAUGGUGCCCUCACAGACUUUCCUCUGCACUCCCUUUCAGAAACCGCUGAGGAUAAUUGUACAUGUAACUACCCCACGGACCUCCAGAACGGAGUCUGGUAUGACAGCAAUAAAGGUCAGCUGACUUAUACAACUAAUCAAAUGACAGGUUACACUUACUCAUCUUACAAUUCCGGAAGUUCAAUAUGGACCUGCUUUCUGAUAGACGGCGACUACGUCGUGUCAAAAGCCAGCAGUCCAAUAGAUGUAUUUGGUGCUAACUUUGAUGCUUACAUAUGUCAGUUAAUGACAAAAAUAACAAGUUAUUCCUAUUCCUAUUACAUAGAGGGAGAUAACCAAGCGAAUGCAAAUGGUGAAAGAAUGAACAUUUUCAUCACUGGAGCAGCUGUGACAUUAGCUGAAGCAUGUACGAAGUCGGCUUCUAUUCCAACAGAAGAGUUUCAUGUUCUUGUUAAGUCAACAAAUAUGGCAGACGUCAAACAAUGGCUGCCAACACCGUUGCUAGGCACAUUUGAGUACACAAAAGUAACUUCUGCUGGUGUCUCCUCCUGUGGUACAGGAUCUGUCUGGGACGUCUGCAAUAACCGUACCACUAUGACUUUCAACAUGACACAGUGCAAUUCAGUGGUUGCCUAUUCUCAGGGAGAAGUUUAUGGAGUGACAUCUGUGACAAAAGGAUCUACGUACUACGCCCUAGUAGUGAAUCCAGGCACUGCCGAUGACUCUACAUAUUUCCGUUUCACGUGUAUGGCUGUUACACAAUCUGGAACCACUGUGACAGUGGUAGAAAAGAGCGGAAGUUGUGGGCCUGGACAAAAUACCACAUUGGCUGGAACCGGGGGCUCUAAAUACACGAUGACGCCAUAUGUAACCUGUCCAUUUACCACUGACAGCCCAGCAGAGUCCAGCAGCAACAUUGGUAUAAUCGUUGGAAUCGUAAUAGUUUUACUUAUUGUCAUAGCGGCUGCUGUAGCAGGAUUUAUAAUUUAUAAGAAGAAGAAAAAGCAGAUCCAUACAUAUGACAAACAGAUGGAGGAGAACGCUAAUGACCCGGGAUACCUGCAUAGAGGUUAUACAAACCUACCAGACAGUACAACAGGUUUAACAACUAAUUCAGGUGUAAAUCAACCAGACUCCAAUGGAAAACCAGCGAUUUCCAAUUGAUAGGAUGGAAAACGACGUUCUCCACAGUCAUUGGAUGAUGACUCUUGUCGG